CUUCUUUGCUCUCCCCACCCUCUCCGUAGCUGUCGAGGUUGUUUUGGGGUUGGGGGAGUGGCUUUUCCCGCCCUUCAUCUUUUGCUCCCUCGGAGGCGUCGCCUGCGGUGCCCCCCGUGCGGCGGGGAGGGCUAGGCUGCUUGUUCCACCCUGUCUUUUCUCGCACUAACCGGGCUUUUUGUGGGAACGGUGUUUCUUUCCUUCCCGGUCAUUUCUCGUGGCUCACAAAUUUUUGCAGUGGCUUCCUUGGUUAUCCAGAGAAGUCACAUCAAGGUAUGUUGCGAGCAGUUCCCCCUUCAUUGGUAAAGGCUCUCUGUCACGGUAGGCAGGCGGUCACUUGCGGUUUCACCUUUAAAAUAGAAUAAGAUCUUCAGCGAUGCUGAAGUCUUUCACGGUGGGUUCGUAUGCCCGUCAAAAUACACGUUUUACUCAGCCUGUGGAGGUGACCUAGUUUCUAAACAGGGAACUUAUAUGGUUGUCACGCUGUAAUACACGCUGUAAAUUGAACUGUGCCAAAUUAAUUAUCCCAGGUGUUGCUGUGGAAAUAUGUCACUCAUGGACCAACUGUUUCACAUAUAAUGUUAUCCCAGGGAAUGAUACUGUUUAUGUCAUGUUCCUUUAGUCUGGGUUUCAGUGGAAACUGAGGCUGUCCUGAGCACAUCUUUUUAUCAAUUCUCUAGCUGUGGAAAGGAAAAUAUAGCUUUUGCUCAAAAUGCCAACUCUCUGCUAGUUUGACCAGGAUAUGAAAUGAAACUCCAAAAAAUUUGCGUGCCUUAAUAUGCCCUGUUAUCACCAUCUCAAGGGUGAAGAAACAGGCUGAUCUUCAAUCCACAACAGCACACAGUAUUCUAGAGAAAAACCAAAGAAUAGUCGUGUGACUUGAAAGGCAUUUUUUGUUCUUGUUGUCUACUUUCACUUUGUAUCGCUAACAUUUAGCAAUUACAACUUUCUCAACUGAGGACAUAAGUCUAGUUUGUAAGUCUAGUACAUCUCUGUCCUAGAUAUGUAUGGCUAUGGGGCUUUGCAAAUCUUACUGCCAGUGACUUCAUUCAAUAUUGAUAUUGCUGAUUUUAUGGAAGUUAAGAUUAAGUUGAGGGAUCUGUGCUGCUGAGUUGAUCUCUUGCACUGUUCCAACUAUAAUGCUUUAGUUUUAUCACCUGAGGAGAAAAUAAAUCAAACUUUCUUGUAAACACAUAAUACCUUAUCAAGUAUGUAUGCUGCUCUGAAGAAAAGGAUGAUAUUUGCUUUCUAUGAUUUCAUUUUCUUUCUCUGAGUCAAUUUUUUUAAGAAAAAGAUUCUGCAUCUUAGAAAGCUUCUCUCAUCUCCCAAGUAAUUUUUUAUCUGUGCAACUCUGCCUGUCUCUGGCUAGCCAAGAGCUUCCAUUCUCUUGUCUCACUAAGAAAGUGAGAAAUUAUUCCUGUCUCUUAUUUUAUGGAUGAUCACUACAAGGUAGCAAAUUGAUGGCUGUCAAUAAUUAAGUAUUUGGAAGUAUUUAAUGAGCUGUAGUGUUGCUCAAAUGCAUCAUUUGUCUACUGUCACCUUUCUGGUGACAGUCUGUGAAUCUCUAGCAGAGUGCUGUUGUGAGGUUUUGUUUGAGAAAUGCUCAGUGUUUUUGUUUCAUACAAACUGAUUUGAACAGCAAUGUCAAUUUUCUACUCUUGUAUGACAUUGAAGUUUUUUCUGUUCUUCCGGUAAAGCCCCAGUGUCUGUCAGGUUUUCUGUUCUUAGUUUGUCUUUUGUUUGAAGGAAGGAGAUGUACUUGGGGAAGUACCAGAGCAUACCUCUUUAAUGUCGCCCCUACUCUGGAUUUUGUAGCAGUAAGGCACUAAAGCUGACAUGGAGGCUGGUUAAAGUCCGUUCAGCAGGGCUGUACAUCUACCAGUGUUUUACUGGUUUGCUGCAGCAGAGCUUGCAGAAGAUGCACUGGAAGGAACCUGAAGGAUGAGAUGGACUUGGUGGAAUAGAAUAGUGCAAUGAUACAACUUAAGGGCUACACAUCAGUGCUUGGAGUGCUGCUGAUGGAGAAUGUUUUACUCACUUCUCCUAUGUGAAAUUCAAUCUCCUGAUCUUGACAAUGCCUGUGAACUCUCUAGGCUGCAGGUAUUGUUAGAACUCAGUGGCACUAAUGCCAUUAUUGUGGGAGAGUGUGCUGUGCUCCUUGGGUAGGCUUUGCAGUCUGCAUGCCUUUAUGGUUGGCAUUGCUGCUACUUUCAAAGUACUAUCUUAAAAUUAAUUCAGGUCUUCACUGCAGUCAUUUCUCCUUCUCAGUCUCAACCUCCCUGCACAUUGUCCUUUUCAUCUUUCCUUAUCAAUUUGUCUUUAUUCAUUCUACCUUUUCUGCCUGGUGCAGUUUCUCAGUCAGAUAUUUUCUUUCUGCAAAAAAAUGUUUCAGUGAUUGAUUCAGCAGUGCUCUCCCACUGAAGUAGCCGUCCACCAUUUGGCUCAGUUUGCAAUGACAAUGACUAUAUGCAGAAUAAAAGAAUAUAUUAUUUUUAACUUUCUAGACCAGUCUACUUGCUGAAAUGUGAAAAGGGCAUAUAUAAAGCUAUGUGACAGCUGAAUUCUUGUGUAAGAAAAGUUCAGUUGUCCAGCUGACCUUCAUUCUCUAACUUAUUUUAGAUAAUCCUCUUUUCAACAAAUAGCAGAAGAUCACAAGCUGUUAGAUUUGUUAUCUAAUUAUGGGAAAGACACUUUAGUCUUCACGUGAAAAAGGAUUGUACUUCCUGAGUGUAGGAGCCUUGAACUGUAAUCAUUUACUCUGUGGUUCAGAUUGUGCAGCUAAGUCAGUAGUUGUGUACAAAUUGGGGAGGAGUGGGGAGCAUCUUAAAAUGGGAAGUAAAAAAGAUCGGGAUAGAGAGCAUGAAACUGUUUUGCACCAAUUGACUUUAGAAUUACUUUGCUACUUAAGACCACUGUUGCUUGUGUUUGACCAGCUGAAUGUUAGCCUUUGACCCUGCUUGUCCCUUUGAACCUUCUUGCCCCUGACACUAACAGGACAGCUGUACAUUUCAAUGCCCAGAAGAAGAAAAAUUCUGCCUGAAAAGGGUGAAUUUGAAAGUGGGAGGAAAUGACUAAAAGCCAUAAGCUUUCCAUGUAAUGCUCAAAUAACUCACUGAGAGAUACCAGGGAGAAGUGGAAAGUGGAUUGCUGGAAGUUCAACUGCCACUCAGGCUGAAAUUAUUAGACCCAUUGCCUCAAAGUUUUUAUAUAAAUGCAUUUGUACUGGUUCAGCUGAUGGGUAGGGUCUCCUGCUAUGCUACAAUUUCCACAAUAAUUUAUUUGCUCAGCACCUUAUGUGAUUGUUAAGGUUUUUAACAAUACACGUACCUUGAAAAAAAAAUUUUUCUGCAUACUCCUUAGAUGUUUGAUACUCUUCAAGUAGUUUUUAAAUUUCUUUUAAACAAACACUAAGUUAUAGGAUUGUUUUUUAACAUUAAAGAACUUUGUUUUAAAUCUGCAUUUUAUUAAAAAAAAAAGCCACAGCAAAAUGAGGAAUACAGGACUGAAGCUAAAUAACAAGAUAUGAAGUGUUUUCAAUAACAUUUUUUGAUAUUGUAGUUUAUUGAAUUGUCUGUAAAACUGUAUGAAUGUUAUCAAUUCUCAGAAAUUCAUGCUGAAGUGCAGUUGAAGAACUAUGGAAAAUUUCUUGAGGAAUACACAUCUCAGCUGAAGAGAAUUGAAGAUGCUUUGGAUGACUCUGUUGGAGAUGUUUGGGACUUCAGUCUUGAUCCCAUUGCUUUAAAGCUUUUGCCAUAUGAACAGUCCUCCCUACUGGAGCUCAUAAAGACAGAAAACAAGGUUCUAAACAAAGUUAUAACAGUGUAUGCUGCUCUUUGCUGUGAAAUCAAGAAGUUAAAAUAUGAGGCAGAAACUAAAUUUUAUAACGGCCUGUUGUUUUAUGGAGAAGGAGGAGCUGUCUUGCUUUGUUACCCGAUGUUAUGAAGUGGUGGUGAAUGUAGUGCAUCAGCUGGCUGUUCUGUAUACCAGCAACAAGAAUGCACCUAAAAUUAUAGAGACAUCUGGAGUUCAUUUUCAGGCAAUGUAUGAGCAUCUAGGAGAGUUGCUCACAAUCUUGAUCACUCUGGAUGAAAUAAUUGACAAUCAUGCCACACUGAAAGAUCACUGGACCAUGUACAAGAGGCUACUAAAAUCUGUCCAUCACAACCCUUCCAAGUUCGGGAUUCAAGAAGAUAAACUAAAGCCAUUUGAAAAACUGCUGUUAAAACUGGAAUGCCAGUUAUUUGAUGGAAUGAUAUUUCAGGCCUGUAUAGAACAACAAUUUGAUUGUUUAAAUGGUGGAGUGUCUGUGUCAAAGAACAGCACAUUUGCUGAAGAAUUUGCUCAUACUCUUCGCGCAUAUUUCGCAAACGUCGAAGCCAAACUUGGUGAACCUUCAGAAAUUGACCAGAGAGAUAAAUAUGUGGGCAUUUGUGGGCUAUUUGUACUGCAUUUUCAGAUUUUUCGGACUGUAGACAAGAAAUUUUAUAAGUCAUUGUUGGAUGUCUGUAAGAAGGUACCAGCCAUUACAUUAACAGCUAACAUUAUCUGGUUUGCUGACAAUUUUCUGAUUCAGAAGAUUCCAGCUGCUGCCAAACUACUGGACAAAAAAAGUAUUCAUACAGUUAAAACGCAAAGGGAGAACUUUCUACAGCAGAGGGCACAGUCACUUACCAAAGAUAUGCAGUCAUAUUAUGUUUUUGUGAGCUCGUGGAUGACAAAAAUGGAAUCUGUCUUGUCCAAGGAGCAGCGCACAACAAAGUUUUCUGAAGAACUUUCUAACCGCUGCAAUGUCUUCAUCCAGGGUUUUCUUUAUGCAUACAGUCUUAGCACCACUGUUAAAACAACAAUGAAUCUUUACAUGUCAAUGCAAAAACCUAUGACCAAAACCUCAGUAAAAGCCUUGUGCAGACUUAUGGAGCUUCUGAAGGCAAUAGAACAUAUGUUUUACCGAAGAAGCAUGGUUGUGGCAGACUCUGUGACACACAUCACUCAGCAUCUGCAGUAUCAGGCUCUUCACUCUAUCUCUGUGGCCAAGAAAAGGGUGAUUUCUGAUAAAAAGUACAGUGAGCAGUGCCUGGAUGUCCUCUCUGCUUUGGUGUUGGCUGAGAACACCCUCAAUGGGCCAAGCACAAAACAGAGGCGACUGAUUGUUUCCCUUGCACUGAGUGUGGGAACGCAGAUGAAAACAUUUAAAGAUGAAGAACUUAUUCCCCUUCAGUUAGUUCUGAAAAAACUGGACUUGAUCAGUGAACUUACAGAGAGAGUUCGAGCACAAUGCGACUGUUGUUUCUUAUACUGGCAUCGAGCUGUCUUUCCAAUCUAUUUAGAUGAUGUCUAUGAAAAUGCAGUGGAUUCUGCUAGACUACAUUAUAUGUUUAGUGCACUACGGGACUGUGUACCUGCUAUGAUGCAUGCAAGACACUUGGAAUCUUAUGAGGUGCUUCUGGAAUGCUAUGACAAAGAAAUCAUGGAAGUGCUCAGUGAGCACUUGCUGGACAAAUUGUGUAAAGAGAUAGAAAAGGACCUGCGCUUAUCAGUUCACACUCACCUGAAGCUAGAUGACAGAAACCCCUUCAGAGUUGGCCUGAAGGACCUGGCUCACUUCUUCUUUCUGAACCCAAUACGUUUUUUCAAUCGGUUCAUUGACAUAAAAGCUUAUGUAACUCAUUAUUUGGACAAGACCUUCUACAACUUAACAACCGUAGCCCUUCAUGACUGGGCCACCUACAGCGAGAUGAGAAACUUGGCAACCCAGCGCUAUGGUUUACGUAUGACUGAGGCUCACCUUCCCAGCCAGACUCUGGAGCAGGGUCUGGAUGUUUUGGAAAUCAUGAGAAAUAUUCAUGUUUUUGUAUCCCGCUACCUCUACAAUCUGAAUAAUCAGAUCUUCAUUGAAAGAACAAGUAAUAACAAACACUUGAACACCAUCAAUAUCCGACACAUUGCUAACUCAAUUCGAACUCAUGGAACGGGAAUCAUGAACACAACAGUAAAUUUCACUUACCAGUUCUUGAGGAAAAAGUUUUACAUUUUUAGCCAGUUCAUGUAUGAUGAACAUAUCAAAUCCAGACUUAUCAAAGACAUCAGAUUCUUCAGGGAAGUCAAGGAUCAAAAUGAUCACAAGUAUCCCUUUGAAAGAGCAGAUAAAUUCAACCGUGGCAUCAGAAAACUUGGAAUAACUCCAGAUGGCCAGAGCUAUCUAGACCAAUUCAGACAACUCAUAAGUCAAAUUGGCAACGCUUUGGGUUAUGUACGAAUGAUAAGAUCUGGUGGACUUCACUGCUGCAGUAGUGCCAUUAGGUUUGUUCCUGAUCUGGAAGAUAUUGUUAACUUUGAAGAGCUGGUGAAAGAAGAAGGACUCUCUGAAGAAACACAAAAAGCAGCAAGGCAGCUGGACUCUGUCCUCAGUGACCUGACCCGGAACUUUGCAGAGGGAACAGAGUACUUCAAAAUGCUGGUGGAUGUGUUUGCCCCCGAGUUCCGCAGCAUGAAAAACAUGCACUUGCGGAACUUCUACAUCAUUGUUCCACCCCUGACCCUCAAUUUUGUGGAGCAUUCAAUCAGUUGCAAGGAGAAGUUGAAUAAGAAGAACAAAAGUGGAGCAGCUUUCACUGAUGAUGGGUUUGCCAUGGGUGUGGCUUACAUUCUGAAGCUUUUGGAUCAGUACCAGGAGUUUGAUUCUCUGCACUGGUUCCAGUCUGUUAGAGAGAAGUACGUGAAGGAAAUAAGAGCAGUAGCUAAGCAACAGAAUGUGCAGUCCACUAAUCAAGAUGAAAAACUACUACAGACUAUGAACCUUACCCACAAGCGACUGGAAGUUUGUUUACAGGAAUUUGAACUCCUAUAUUUCUCGCUGAGUAGUGCAAGAAUUUUUUUCAGAGCAGAUAAAACUGCAGCAGAAGAAAGCCAGGAAAAGAAAGAAAAAGAAGAAGAAUCUGGUAAAGCAAGCAAUGGAGAUCUUUCCAACUCUGUGCCUGCAGAGCCUGUUGUGAAAUGACAUGGCUGGUUUUUUUUUUAAAUUUGUGUGCACUUUUUUUGACCAAACUGCGCCUGCACUGAACGCUCAGUAGCAUUGCUGAGAUCAGCAUUCUUGCUGCUGCUUCCCAUCCUGCUGCAGUUGCUGUGUACAUCCUUCCACAAUCCCAUCUCUGCUGAAGUCACCUAAGUUCGUGGAGUGGUCAAGUGCUGCAUUUCCUUCUUCCACAGCAAUGGCAGAAUCACCCACAGAUAGUGUCCCUUUCCCCAGGAUGGCCUUGCUAGGGAGCUGUGUGAAGUCAAGACAUAGCCCACACUCUAGUCUGUUCUUGUAUUUUCCUUUCUCCAUUUUCUUUUGGAAAGACAUUAUCUUGCUAAGGUAAGACUUUGCAGUUGAACAUAAUGUGAACUGAGCACUGCCUUCAUGUAUAGUGGUUAACAAAUUCAUGUGGUUCUGGUGAUGGAAAUUCUAGAGGAAAGACAUAGCCUAUUUUUAUAGAUACCUGUUUAAUCUGGGAGAACUGAAUGUAUACUCUAUAUGGCAAAAAUGUACACAUACACCAACUUGUACAGCGAUAAUAGAGCUAAUACAGGACUGCAGUUUGUAUAUCCUUCUUUCUCUUUGUCAUGUAGCAGCAUAGACAUGCAGAAAGAUUUUUUUCCCAUCUGAAAUCCAAGGUGGGUCCUGGGUUUGGAUGUCACGUGACUGAGUUGCAUUAAGUCCUUUUUUUCUCCCCACAAGGAUAUGGAAGAGGGGUGAAAUUCAUGCUGUGGUGCUACUCUUUCUUUUGCUUUUGGCCUCCUGUUCCAAUUACAGGAACCAAAUGGACCCUAACUGGUUGUCUGGAGAGGAGACAAUGGAGCUACAAAAAAAAAAAAAAAAAAAAAAAUCCCCUAAACUAAACCAAACAUGCUCACUCAGAAAUUCCCAGGGGUGAUAGAAAUGAUGAUGUCUUUUUUGCAGGGACAUAAAACAUGUCUAGGGUUUUUUCCUUUAGGGCAGGGUUGGAACAGGCUAAAGGCCAGACUCUCACCCCAGCAGAUGGCAGCUGUCACCACUGCCCUCAGGUGUUCAGCCUUGUGCCAAGGCUGAUAGAAGUGCAGCAGCUGCUCUCUGAGGGGUUGUGGACACCUAGGUCCCUGUCAGCCGUGCCACCAAGGGUUUGCAUGGCCCCAGCAGCUGCAAACUCCUGGUGCUGAAGGGCACAUUCUGCAGGUCCUAAUGCAGCCUGGAACCAGAAAAACAUUUGAGUUGCAUCAGAAGUCCAUCAACAGCUGUUUUCAGCUUCUCAGGUACAAAGGACCAAAUGUAAUACUUAAUGUUUCCUAACUCAUUGUACAAAAGGGUAUUUUGUUACUCCAGUCUCUUCGGUUUGUGAGUAGAGAACAUUAUGUAUAUAAAACUCUGUUAAUAAAUGCAAUUUUGAAAACCUCA